GAGCCAGGAGUGCUACCUUUGGGCCAUACCUGUGAAGAACUUGAAAACUUCCCUUUGAAAAAUGCAUUAGCAGACCAAGAGAAUAGCCAGCAACGAGAGCAGUUGGAAUUUGAGCUCAGGAAAAAGCGUAAAAAAUGUGAAAACCUUGAACAUGAAGUGAGGAAAAAGCACAAAAGAUGCAAAGAACUGGAACUCCAGUUGGAGGAGGUGCAAAGUGAAAAUGUACGACUGGCUGAGCAGAACUCUCGACUUAAUGAGAAGGCUGAAUGGGCAGGACAGGUUGAAUCUGAGAAUGCCGACCUGAAGCUGCAGGUAGUUUUAGUCACUAAGGAACGGGAUUCUGCGAUUCAGACGAGCCAAGGACUCCAAACCAAGCUGGAGAAUUUAGAGCAGGUGCUGAAGCACAUGAGAGAUGUGGCAGAGCGAAGGCAGAAGCUGGAGGUUGAACAUGAAGAAGCACUGCUAGUACUGCGGGAGAAACAAGAGGAAGUCAGGCGGCUGCAGCAGGCCCAGGCUGAGGCAAAAAGGGAGCAUGAAGGAGCAGUACAGCUAUUAGAGGCCCGGGUGAGAGACCUUGAGGAUCAGUGCCGCAGCCAAACAGAGCAGUUCAGUCUCCUGUCUCAGGAACUCAAACACUUCCGACUACAAACAGGAAAGAUUGACCUUCUCACCUCCACGUUGGUGACUUGUGAUCUUCCACUUGCUCCCUGUUCUUCCACCCCGCAGCCACAGGGUGGUCAUUGGGAGAAGGAUCCUGAUGUUGCCCCUGCAUCUCCUGUUCUUCAGUGCACUAAGACAACGAAUGAUGAAGGGACUGGGGAGUUGGAGCCGUUACCUCAGGUCUCUGACCCCGCACCUAGCGUCACCAAAACUCCACUCCCAAGUGCUGGUGCCUCACAGAAGCCGGCCAAGAAAAUGGAGUCCCAAUCAAGCUCUUCAAAAUCAGAAUCGGUGCAGAACAGUCCGAAGUCCUGCCCCACUCCAGAGGUGGACACUGCAAGCGAAAUGGAAGAACUGGAUGUCGAUAGCGUCUCUCUAAUUCCAGAGCCAGGGAACCAAGGCCCCGCAAAACUCCAGGUCUUCUUAGCUCGAUACAGCUAUAAUCCUUUUGAUGGACCUAAUGAAAACCCGGAGGCAGAGCUCCCUCUGACUGCUGGAGAGUAUAUUUACAUCUAUGGGGACAUGGAUGAGGAUGGCUUCUUUGAAGGGGAGCUGAUGGAUGGCAGGAGAGGGCUGGUCCCCUCAAAUUUUGUUGAACGAGUUUCAGACGAUGACCUCGUGACCUUUCUGCCUCCCGAGCUAAAUGAUCUUACUCAUAGCUCAUACCACGAGAAGAGUUUUGUCAGUACAAGCACCAGCAGUGGAGAGAAAAGUGAUUAUUCUGCUGAAGAAACCAGUGUCAGCCCAUUGCCCGGUAGGCUAGAAGGAGACCAGGACGAGCCUGUUAGUCACACAGCAGUGCCUUAUCCAAGAAAGUUGGUUCUGAUCAAACAGCUUGCCAGAAGUAUUGUUGUAGGCUGGGAACCACCGCUUUUGCCAGCCGGCUACCCAGAGAUACAGAGCUACAAUAUUUAUGUGGAUGCAGAGCUAUGGCAGAACGUGAAGAGUGGCCCUCAAACCAAAGCCAUUGUUGAGAAGCUGGACUUAAAGACAAAAGCCUACCGGAUCUCUGUGCAGAGUGUGACGGAACAAGGCAGCUCUGAUAGGCUGCGAUGCACUUUCUUCGUAGGGCAAGAUGUCUGCAUAGCCCCCACUCUGCUGAAAGUCAGAAACAUCACAGCCGCAUCAGCAGAAGUCACCUGGCUUCCAUGCAACAGCAACUACAAUCAUGCUGUGUACCUCAAUGAGGAAGAGUGCGACACAAUAAAGCCGGGUGUCUACUGGUACACCUUCCACAACCUGCACCCUAACACUCAGUAUGUUGCCAAGGUGGAGGCCCGGCCCCCAAAGAUGCUCUGGGAGUUGCCCCUGGAGAAGCAUGAGCAGAAGUCAGCAGUGGUACACUUCACUACUCCAUUAGCAGGAAUUCCUGAUGCACCCCUCGAUGUCCAGGUGGAACUUGGUCCUUCACCAGGUAUUCUGGUCAUCAGCUGGCUGCCUGUUACCAUUGAUGCAGAAGGGUCAUCGAACGGAGUGCGAGUUACUGGUUAUGCGGUGUAUGCUGAUGGACGGAAGGUGAUGGAAGUUACCUCUCCAACAGCAGGGAGUGUCCUAGUGGACCUGUCCCAGCUACAGAUGUUCCAAGUGUGCCAGGAGGUGUCUGUAAGAACUAUGUCUGUAUAUGGAGAAUCAGUGGAUUCAGUGCCAGCCCAAAUCUCCUCAAGUCUGCUGAAAGCUUCUAGUCAUUGCUCACCACCACAGUCUGCUGUUUCUACGAAUUCUACCUCUAAACUCCUCUGUGGGGAGUCCAGGUACUCUCUGCCUGUGCAAACCCCAGUGACAUAUCAGACAGCUCCACCCUUCCCACCACAGAAGGUUUCCACUGACGCUAAAUUCACCAUCUACACCACCUCCAGCUGUGAAGGCUCAAUGGAUUCUCUGCCAGAAAAGAUGUCCCCGUGCUUGCACCCUUCUUCUCCCAGUGCUUCCUCAAUGCAAGUGACGGGCACCUUGUCAUCCGUGUCAGAUGCCUCAAGAGAGGAGGAAUGCCUGACUGACCUUUCACAGUCUGCCAGCAGCAUGUUCCCUGCAGGAAUGAGUGAAGAAGAACUCACAGCUUCCAGGAACCCAGCAGUGAAGGGCUCUGGUGAAGACAGCCAAGCAGAGGUGAUGGUGGAGCUCUUUGUAUUGAAAAACCUUGAGCUGGAAAGCCAGACCAACACCAGCAACAUGAAGGUGCCUGUGGAGACCUGCCAGGCAUGUUUUGCAGAGGAGUGGUUGAAAGAAUCCACCACUGAAAGAGGGAGAGAGGGAACUGAGAAGUGCUUGAGUCCAGAGCCUCAGCUCUCCAGCAGCUCAGCUAAGCUGGGGGAGGACAGCUACAGAGACUUAGGUGUGAGUGGGAGCUGUGUUCAAGAGCUACUAGGAAUGUCUCCAGGCAAGAAACUGAUGAAAGAAAUCUCCAGAGGGGACUCUUCUGUGACGGUACCCAGAGUCAAGAGAGAGCAAGAAGAAAAAAUGUCUGAAGCAGGAAGACGGCAGCUGAAUAUUCUUGCUGAGCACAGCCGUAGCUCUGACCUUUCAGAUAUUUUGGAGGAGGAGGAGGAGGAGGAGCUAUGUUCAGAUGUCCUAGAAGAAAAAUGGGAUUUGAAGGAACAUUGCAGCAGAGAGAAUGGGGAAAAGCAGGAACCUUGUGACACCGACAGCGAUGAGGAAAUUCUGGAGCGGAUUCUGGAGCUUCCAUUGCAGAAAAACUGCAGCAAGAAAUUGUUUAGCAUUCCUGAAGUGACUGAGGAAGAGGAUGAAGGGGAAGAAGAGGAGGAGGAAGAGGAGGAGGAGAAACAAGCUCAGGUGGAGGAGAAAGAACCCCAAGACUAUUUCUUGGAGAGACUCCCCUACCAUGCAGGAAAGGAAGAGGUUCCCAUCCCUACUGUCACCCAGCAGCCAUUUCCAAAGACAGAUGACAGUGAUAUCUAUCAAAACCUUCCUGGUCAGGCUCCCCAGGAGGAGAGCAUCCUUCAGGACAGAGGGGAGGACACUGACAAUGAGAAUCCUGGCUCUCCAGAGCCAAGCUGGGGUCAGAAGAGGGGAAGCUGCAAUUGGAGCUAUCAGGAGAGCAGCAUGAGGCCCACCACAGGUGCAAGCCCACUGUGGGGCAAAAGGAAAGGGGGCAGCUAUCAAGAAAGGGCCCAUGACCGGCCUGAAGCCACCAGGAAGAGACAGAGUGAUGCUAGAGAGCACUGCAGUCGCCUGCUGAGCAAUUGCAGCCAGACAGGAGGCAGCUUGUACAGAGUUCGAAGCCUCAGGGAGAAGUUGAAUGUAAUUAGUGCGGGUGGUAAGGAUGGGCAGGACAUAGGCAGUCACAUGAGACAAGGCAGCUUCCGAAAAUCCCACCGAAAAUUAGCAUCCUCACGUCUAGCAGAGUCUGCUUCCAUGGCAAGCCACUGUAUUGGCUCCAGGAGCCUGGAAAUAGAUAUUGAAUAUGACUCUGAAGAAGAGCAAGACCUGACCUUCUCUCCUAUGCGUGCCAGCCAGCUAUGGCCAAAUUGUAGGGUGGAGGGACCCCAGGCCCACCACAAAGAAUGGAGUGUCUGCUCCAGUCCGUCUGAACCUGCCCUGUCCAGUAGCAGAAGAGAGCUAAACAGGCAGGAGCCUGUGGAAGAUAAAGGAGCGGAGUGGGCUGGGUCUUCAAGCCACUGCUCACAGUUCCCCUCCAGGGAGAAGGAGACACCGAGGAGUGUGGGCAGCUCUGAGGAACAAGGUUGGGAACUGGAGCGUAAGCUUCCCAGCUUGAGAAGGAAGCCGGAGCAUCCUCGGAAGGGGAGUCACAGUGCUUCAUUGCACACAAGGGCUUCUGGUAAUGGAGAUCCUAGGUCACAGGAAUUGCCUGGCUUACCAUCAUGGCAGACUUCUACCAGAAAAGGAAGCAAAAACUUGAGAAGCCAAGUUUUGAAACCACCUAUCUCUAGUACAGACACUACAAGGAAUGAAGACUCUGAGGCUACUGUUAAAGAAGACUCGGUGAGGAUAUUUGUGGCCCUUUUUGACUAUGAUCCUGUUUCUAUGUCACCUAACCCUGAUGCAGCAGAAGAAGAACUCCCAUUUAAGGAGGGGCAGAUUCUGAAGGUGUGUGGUGACAAAGAUGCUGAUGGUUUUUACCGAGGCGAAUGUGCAGGAAAGGCAGGGUACAUUCCUUGUAACAUGGUCUCUGAAGUUCAGGUUGAGAACAAUGACAUGAAGAAGCAGCUGUUAAAACAAGGUUACAUCCCUCCUGGCACAUCGGUGGAAAGCGUAGGAAAUGGCACGUUUUCUCCACCUCCACGUCGCCUCACUGUUCCUCCUCCGAAACCCAGGCGCUCCAAGAAAGCUGAGCUGGGUAAACAAGAAAAUUACAAGCCUCAUCCAACUGAGAACUACAGACCUCGCUCAGUGCACAAAUGUCAGGACCUUGAAGCUGAACUGCUCGUGCCUAAGAGUAUGGUGGCUGUUUUUGACUACAAUCCUAAGGAGAGUUCUCCAAAUGCGGAUGUGGAGGCUGAGCUGACAUUUAGUGCCGGGGAUAUUAUCACGGUGUUUGGGUCCAUGGAUGAUGACGGUUUCUAUUAUGGAGAGUUAAACAGACAGAGAGGCCUUGUCCCUUCUAAUUUCCUGGAAGCUGUGUCUCUGGAUGGAGGAGUUUCUGAGGGACUUCAUUCAAAGGAUAAAGAUGCCUGUGCAGUGAGUGUCGAGAGUCAGCUCAAUUUAGAUGGGCCUGGUGACCUGUCAGCAAACACCUUUGAAGUGCCGCCAUCCUGCCCUGUCACUGGUGUCCCAAGUCCAGAGCAAGUAGUGUUUGAGACUCCUGAAUCAAGUGUUUUGCCUGUUCAAACUAAAAAAAAGAGAGGCUUCUUCUUCAAGGGAAAACAGCUCUUCAGAAAACUAGGGUCCAGUAAGAAGAACUGAAAAUGGAUGUUACUGAACUAUUUAGACCUGUCCAUGAACAGGCAUGGACUGUAAAUUCAGGACAUGCCCUCUGCAAUAAACUGACCUGCCACAGAGUAUUUUCAUAAGGAAAAAGUCGACUUUAAUUAUUUACAACUUUCUAGUGGCUUCAUAAACCUAGGCCUCCUUCACAUGGUCUUCACAGAGAGCCCUGUUGCCACUGGGCUGCAUGUCCAGUGAAACCAGCACCUUGGGCGCAAGCAGUGUUCCUGUAGAAGAGCAGUGUGGACAGGAGCCUGGGCACUAGGGAUAUGGCUACCUCCACAGUAGUGUGUCCUGACUCUGCAUAGCCAGCCAUUCCCUGUAAAUAUUUUAAUUCUAAAGGUGAUAUACUGGCUGUAAUUUAGCUAAAUGGCUGCUCCCAAUAAAGCCCCAGCCCCUUAGGAAUUACUCCUUAGUUGUAAUACUGGGAUUCCUUUGUAUAACGUGCCCGGGUACUGCUCUAUUCUGUUCAGAUGCGGCUAUUGGCAACCCCUCCACUUCCUGAAAAGAUUGUUUGCACUUAAUUUUCUUCCUGUGAAUCCCCUUUGUUGUCUCUGGGUGGAUGAAUGAGACAUUUGUACUGAAAACGGUGUAAAUACUCAGCUGUGCCUAGGAGCAUCUCAUUCUGUCUCAGUUGUGCUUCAUUGCAAGGGUUCCCCAAGGAGAAAGGAGACAAUACCCACAAGGCUAUUCUUGCAUUAAGGGGUGCAUUCAUAGUUCUGCAUAGAGCCAGGGCUUCCAGAAGGUGGUUGGUGCAUGUUGAUCAUAGCUGUCUGGGGACUCCGCCUUAUUUUUUUUCUUUUUCUUUUUUGUUUGCUUAUUUAAAUAUUUGACUGACAUAUUCCGAUGAUUGUGUGUUCCUGACUGAGUUUUUGGAGAGCAGAGCUGGGAGCAGAGCCCUGCCAGGGAUUUUGCUCCUGUUUUCAUAUGAGGUAACCUGUCCCUCGCAUUAAGGAUACAUCCCUUUCUAAGCCAAGGAGUUUUGUACCAUGUGGUUUCUAUCCUUUUAUGGCCAUAUUUAUUUCUUUGCAUGUCUCAAUGGGGUAUUUGUUUUGAGAAAGACAGUUAUGUUUGGUAUUUGAAUGAUGCUAACUAAGGCCAUGU